AUGCCACUAGCCGGCCUCUUCAAACGCAAAGAUUUGAGAAACACGCGUGUCGAUUCUUCCACAAAUGAUGAAAGUUUCUUUUCCGCCAAUCACGCGCGAACAGAAGCAUCACUCGACAUCCCCACCGCAGAAGAGCUCCAAACCACAUCGCGCACACCUCCCAAAGAGCCAAAAGCACAUGCGAUAUGGUGUGCCUUGCGAGCCAAUCCUGCCGCGUGGUUAGCCGUAGAGCGAUAUUGGGAUUUCAUCCACCAAGUCGAUCCGUGGGAUCCAAACGUCGACCCUACAGUCUCGUCGCAACCGCUGGUAUAUCGACCGCUCAGUAACGCGGAGGCUGAGAUUCGCUUGCUAACGAUCUUGCCGAAUGAACCGCCAGAUCAGAAUGGAGGGCCCAUCCGAUGUACCCUUAAGCGGGUGAGUCUGUUCGACGCACCGGAGUACAUCGCUCUCUCUUACAUGUGGGGAGAUGAGAAGGAAAAGCGUGCUAUUGUCGUAGAUGGGCAUCAAUUUAGCGCAACGGUCAAUCUGUAUCAGGCGUUGAGAAAACUGCGUGCCGGGCGGGACCCGAAGAUUUGGAUCGAUGCAAUUUGCAUCAAUCAGCAAGAUCAUGAGGAGAAGAGCCAGCAGAUACAGCGGAUGAGAUCCAUCUAUGCGCGAGCGAAGCAGGUCGUGGUGUGGCUAGGGCCGGAAACUUCGAACAGCAAUCUUGCAAUGUGGUUGCUGGAAAGGCUCUCGAAGCCGAGCGAUGACCGUAUGCUACCCGAUCCAGCAUACACAGAAGCAAUAAGAGAACGCUCAUCGAACGCUCAACCAGGUCGAUUUGCAGAAGCGUGGAAAGCCUUUGACGAUCUCUUUUCGCAAGAGUACUGGAAACGCGUGUGGAUCAUUCAGGAGAUCGUUGCAAGCAAAGACGUGUUGGUCCGCUGUGGGCAAAAGUCAAUCAGCUGGUCCGACAUGGAAAAGGCGUUCUGGGGCAAGAAAUCAGAGCUCAACAUGUUUAACGAAUGGGCCGAUGCUGAUUCGACUACUCAGGACACGCAUCCUCGAGAUACACAUCAGCUCUUCGAUUUCUGGGCGUGGAAGAAGUCCAUAGCUAGUGUCGAGCCUCAACCCCUCUUGAAAGCGCUCAUUGAUAGUAGAAGAUCGAAAGCCAAAAAUCCACGGGAUCAUGUGUACGCUUUGUUUGGUAUUUCUAGUGAUUCCUCAACGCUUAUUCCUGUUCCGAACUAUAGAUCGUCCGUCGAGCAGGUGUUUAUGGAUCUUACUGUCGCCAUGAUUCGAGCGAAUGGAAACCUUACCAUCACCUGUCUUCAAGGACAAACCGGGAUGAAGAGGUACAAUACACCAUCAUGGGUCCCCGACUGGUCGGCUUUGGCCGAGGUAGAAAGACCAUGGCUAUUCAAAUCCGUUCUCGAGAACAACGUGAAGUUCAAAGAUGGGUUGGCGACAGGAUUCGGGGCCCUCGAUGAAUCUUACAAACUCCGGGUUGAAGGCAACAUUCUCAGUGUCAGCGGACGUUUUUUCGGCACAGUGGACGGCUUGACCACGGGUAUAUCAAAUACCGGCGAGACAGUUGGUGAGAUGAUUCAACCAACCGUAGAGACCACCGCGUACACCAACGGCCACGGUCAUGCCGCCGCACUAUACGAUACUCUAAUACUAGCCGAAAGUUCCGAUGCAUCACAGAAAGAUGGCCCGACGGACCUCAUCCAUUACCUCACACAUCCCAAAGGCAAAGAGGUAUCCUCAGCAAAAGGACACACCCUCCUAGCCACCUGGCUCGCCGCAAACAGCACCUUCAAAAUCUGCGGCGUCGAACUGUCCGUCUGGACAAGCAAGCAUUUCGGGCACCACUACCAAUGGAAGAACCGGCUCCUGCACCAUCUUGAAAACAAAACUUCGUCCACCCAAGACAUGCACACGUACAUGACCGCCAUCGAAACCGUCCUCCACGGCGGCUUGCGGCUCAUGACCACGAGUCUAGGACAUGUCGGCAUGGUGCAUCCGCAGGCGCGGACGGGCGACCAUAUCGCGCUCCUAGAGGGGAUGAGCACGCCUGUGAUUCUGCGUCCGUGUUCGGACGAGGAGUUAGGUGCGGAUGCGGUAGCGAUAAAGGGGGAGUUAGUGAGGGAGAUGAAAGAGGCGAGGUAUAUGGCUGGGAUGACGAUCGAGACGGGGAUCCUGAGUUAUAAGCUUGUUGGUGAGGCGGUAGUGAGAAUGGGAGGGAUGGGGAAGGAUUUUCAGAAAGUGGCGUUUCCGUUUGGGACUUUUUUGAUUCAUUGA